UAUUAUUGUAAACAUGAUAAUUUCCUUAUCACUUUCCAGAGACUUUGGAGGAAGGCAACCAUGGCAGGGAUGCGUUGGCAUUUGAAUUUUGCGCAAACUUCGGCUCUCCAACAUUGGACUCCAUGUAACUCGGACAAAUUCAAGUUAUAUCUAUGUCGUACACUUCUUAAAGCCUUUUGGAACCAUGGAGGAUCUCAAUCUUUUUCUGGAUAUUGUUGCCUGUCUAGACUUGCAAGCAGGGAUGUUUUGCAACCUGUAAAGAAGUUUUCUCGUCAAAUAGAGGAUUGUUCCAAUGGGAACAAAUCAAAUUCUCUUUUACACAUCCAAACCCUUAGGAAUUUCCCGAUAAAAAAACUACAUGGAGAAGUUGUUAUUGUACGGUUUGAUUCUGCCCUUCUUCUAAAAGGAGCAGAAAUUAAUGAUUCCUUGGCAUGUAAAGCUUUCUCUACCAUCAGGUACUUGCAUGAUGCUGGGGCAAAAAUAAUUUUAGUUGGCAACUGGGGUCACACAAGUGAUUCACUUUCUCUCUCCACAAAAUCUCUUGUUGACCACUUAUCAUCAGUACUCCAGUUGAAAGUUGUGCCAGCUAAUGGUUUUUCUGGAUUUUCAAAGUCUGAGAUUACAAACUCAGAGAAAGUUGAUCUUCUUCUUCUUGAUAACAUGACAAGGUUCAAAGAAGAGCUGGCCAAUUGUUCAGAGUUUGCACUAGAAUUAACCUCAGGAGCCAAUAUUUUUGUCAAUGAUGCCUUCUCUGUGUCACAUAAGAUUCUUGCAUCAACUGUGGGUGUUACUCGUUCUUGCUAUGCAUCUGUUGCCGGUUUCCAUUUUGAAGAGCAAUCAUCCCUCUUACUGGAGAUUGUAGAAAACAAGAACCACCCAUAUAUUGCUAUUAUAGGAGGAAGGAGCCUUUUGGAAAAGGCUUCCGCUUUGAAUUAUUUAGCUUCAAAAUGUGAUGGACUGAUAUUUGUUGGUGUACUAGCUUUUCAAAUUAUGCAUGCUUUGGGCUUGCAUGUGCCUUCAUGCUUUCUGGAACACAAUGCUGUUGGAGAAGCACUAAAACUAAUCCACCUGGCUCAAGAUAGGAAUAUACCGAUUUAUUUUCCGAAUGAUUUUUGGUAUGUGAAAGAUUGCAAUCCAGAGCUGUUGGAAGUUUUCCCUUCUAAUGCAAUUUUACCUGGUUGGACUCCUGUCGACCUAGGGCCCUUAUCAUUAAAAGAUAUUGCCUGUUUGCUUUUAAAAUGCAAGAAGAUUUUAUGGAUUGGCCCAGUAAACUUUGGUUCAUCAAAACAUGGUGUCCAUGGACCCUCCGAGUUGGCUUCAAUACUUGAAAGAGUAAACAAAAGUGGAUGUGAUAUCUUUGUUGUUGGAAAUGCAGCCUGCAAGGCAGUCACACAGAAAGCUUCCUCUUGCAUACCCUACAAAAUGCUUGAAAGUGCCUCAGUUGUCUGGGAGUUUCUCGCAAGAAGAUCAUUGCCUGGUGCUGCAGCUCUAGAUAGAGCCUACCCCUUUAAUCUUGAUUGGAAUACUAUUUUUGCAUGUCCAAAACGUCCUUUGAUAGUAGAUAUUGGAAGCGGGAAUGGCUUAUUUAUUUUGAAGAUGGGUAGAACAUGGAGAGACUCGAAUUUUCUGGGGCUUGAGAUUAACAGAAAGCUUGUGAAGCGUUGUCUAAAUAAUGUGUUAGAAUCUGGUGCAAGGAAUAUGCACUUCAUAUCAACUAAUGCAACUUCUACUUUCCACUCUGUAGUUUCAAGUUAUCCAGGCGAUUUAGCUAUUGUUUCCAUACAGUGCCCAAAUCCAGAUUUCAACAAAGAGGAGUACAGAUGGAGAAUGGUGCAGAGAUCACUUGUCGAAGCAAUCAUAGAUUUACUUGCAGUCAAUGGGAAGAUAUUUUUACAAUCAGACAUUGAAACAGUUGCCGCAAAAAUGAAAGAUCAAUUUUUACAGUAUGGGAAGGAUAAACUUGCUUUCGAAGGUGACGAUGACAAUGAAUGGAUCAAAGAGAACCCGUUCGGAGUUUGUUCAGAUUGGGAACAACAUGUUCUUGACCGUGGAGAUCCGAUGUUCAGGAUUAUGCUCAGAAAAGUUCGAUAAAUCAUGGCAAUUCAUUUUCUUUUUUAUUAUGUUGUUGUAAGUAUAUGCCCGAAAAAUAAUCAAUAGUUCUGAAAGGUUUUUUUUUCUUCUGAACCAUUUAAUAGUUGUUCUUUUCUGUGUUUUUUAUUUUAUUUUUUAUUUUAACUCUCGUAUUUCUACCAAGUAGAACUUGGUUGAUGUGUUGUAGUGGUUUUGUGAGACAGUUUUAUUUGUUCGUUGCCAUUGAGGUGGUGUUUGAUUGUGGUUGAAAUAAACCAACUUUUAUUCAA